UGGAAAAUACAGUAUUUAUUUAAAAACCACAUUAAUUGUUUGAAGAUACGAAUUGUGUCUUCAACAACUUAGAACUAUGGCAAACCGGCCACAAAAUUAUCUUAUGUUUUCUGAUUGGAUGAAGUUGCUAACAGUAAACGGUACUUGGGAAGAAAUAUGGGUUAUGCUGAGACAAGAAUCUAUAAAACUGUAUCAACAGAAGAACGAGGAUUUAAAAUGGCUUGGAACUAUAAAACUGAAAUGUGUAAAAUAUGAAGGCAUGACAGAUACCGAACCAAAUACGUUUAAAUUAUUCUUUUCUCCUGAUGAAGCAAUAUGGGCUGAACAGUCUGAAAUUUCUAAAUGGCAAUUAGAACCUUUGCUGUUUCUGGCUCCAUCUGAACUGGCAUAUAAAUGUUGGAUUAAUGCUCUAUCUGUUGUCUCAGAAAAGUUUGUUGAAACAACAAAUGAAGAAGCUGAAACACCUGCAAAAGAAAUAACAAUGAACACUAUUUUAGUAGAUAAAGAUUCAAUGGAAAAUCCAAAAAUAGUUGAAACCGUUUAUGUGGAAAGAGUUUUACAAAAACAAAAUACUGAAGAAACAAUGGAUUUGGGCAAAAUGAUUUGGUCUUUGCUAUCCAAGUUUCGAGAAGGAAACAACUUUUCUCUUCCAAUCAGCUUAUUAGAACCAAGAUCUUCUCUUGAUAAAUUUGCUGAUAGUUUCCUUCAUAUUGAUAUUCUCAGCGAAGCUGCUAUAGAAAAAGACCCAUUGACAAGAAUGAAAUUAGUUGUUAAAUGGUAUUUGUCAGGAUUUUAUCUCCAAUCAAAAAGUCUUAAAAAGCCAUAUAUUCCAAAAAUGGGUGAAGCAUUUCGAUGCUUUUGGUACCAUCCAAAAACAGAUAGUAAGACAUUUUUUUUAGCAGAACAGAUAUCUGAUAAACCUCAAGAAGUUGCCAUUCAUAUUAUCAAUCAAAAAGAUGGAUUUAGACUUAAUGGAAGCUUCAUUGUUAACUUAUCAUUUAGUGGAAAUACUGUGACUCUGAAAGUAGAGGAUAAGAAUUAUCAUGUAACUCUCUUACCAUUUAAAGAAAAAUAUACUUUGGCUAUGAUAACUAAAUUAUGGUUACCAUUGACUGAAGCCAUAUUUAAAAAUGAUCAACAAGCUGCUGAUUAUCAAUUUGCUGAAAUAGUUAAAAAAGUUUUAAAUCCAGAGAAGAUGCCAAAAUAUUUCAACCGGGAUAAAGAUACUCAGUCAUGGAUAUAUAAAUAUAUAGACAGGCCUUUGGGAGUGAUUGCUUCUCCAAAUCACAAGUCUUUCAAGGAUGGCCGAGAGGAGGUCACCGACAAGCCUUGCAGUGGAGGUCCAUCAACCUCCCAAAUUGUCUUCUUUGACAUCAGAGGCAUUAACCACCAUGAAUUUGUACCUGUCAGGACCACUGUAAAUGCAGCUUUCUACUUGGAAGUGUUCAAAAGACUGAAAUCCUAG